GGAAGCUCAGUUUUUGACACAAUCACUUGAAAUGAUUGUUCACCAUAUUUUUUAAUCAUUCUGUAGAAGGUCAAGUGGCUUUUGGAAAUUCAAAAAGCGUACCACUUAUCGCGAGAGUAUACUAGUUGAACUGCUUUCAAUAAUUGUCUUUCAAAAUGAGUGCUGACAAAGCGGACCCACCAUAUCCAAAGUCUCCGGAUUUCGACGGUCUUCCGCAACCAUUACCCCCCCAAUAUCCUGAUACGGUAGUUGUGGAACAGCCUUGUCCGAUAAUCACCAAUUCACAUUUUGUUCCCGGACCAGAUCCAGUAAAUACCGUGUGUCCAUACUGUCAUAAAGAUGUUACAACUCUUGUGACCUACAAAACAGGAAUAUUAACAUGGGCGGGAUGUUUUGGGAUUUUUAUAAUUGGUGGGAUAUUUGGUUGUUGUCUUAUACCAUUCUGCUGCGAUUCCUGUAAAGACGCUGAUCAUCGUUGUCCAGUAUGCAAUCGUGAUUUAGGUUUAUACCGUCGCUGCUAGAAUCGACAAUAAAGUAAAAUCAAGCUUAUCAGUCAAUCUUCAUUGACAUUACUUUUUUUAUGCAGAUGAUAUUAUCAUUCAGAAAAUCUUAUUCAAUACAUUAUCUCUGGUGGUAAAGAUUUCAUUUCAUUUCGUAACGAAGGAAUUAAAGGGGGAUUGAAUGUUGGAUUUAAUCAUGGUCAUUAAAAUUACAAUAAAAUUUUCAUUUUCUUGGUAUUUUCGUGAAACAUAAAACAGUGACUAAUAAUAUAAAUUGAAUGAU